AUGGUUGUCGGUGGCUAUAGAUACUCGCUGCAUUACUCCAGGAAUAAUAGAGAGAGGUGGAUGUGCAGCAGACGGAGUUACUACGGCUGGCCGAUAACAUCUUGUCCGAUCUGCGGCGAUGCGGUGAAUGGGAUACAUUACGGUAUAUUCACGUGUGAGUCGUGUAAAUCUUUCUUCAGGCGUACCUUACAGACGAACAAGCAAGCGGGUUACGUGUGCAGAUAUAAGAGACGGAAGCGACCUUGUGAUAUGACCGUACAAACCAGAUCUUUCUGCAGAUUCUGCAGGUUCAAUAGAUGCUUGGAAGCCGGGAUGCAACCCGAUUUCGUGGUACCGAGGUACAGCUGGUCGCGAGCCGGUAAUGCUAUCAUCAUUCUGGGAGACUACAGGUUCAAAAAGCGAUCCAAGCACAUCAAUCAGAAACAGGAGACGCAUUGGGUGUGUAACAAAUGUGAUAAGGGAUGUAAAGCGAAGCUGACAACUCUCAAUGACGCCAUCAUCAAGAUGUACAACGUCCACAAACAUGAUGGUUCCAGAAAGUUAAAGUGA